AUCACAGGUCCUUCACCUAUUAGAAUAUGGGAGCUGCAGAGACGGGCCAGGACGGGAUUACACAAUAGUGGACAUUGGGUAUUACUCCCAUCAUCCAUCUCCAUGAGUCAGGUGGGUGGAGCCGGACUCCUCACCCCCUGGUACAUGAGCAGAAGAUCCUAGAACUCACCCACAAGAUCACUGAGCUGCUGACUGGAGAGGUUUUUGUAAGUUGUCAGGAUGUCCAUGGAGGACUGGGAGUAUAUAGAAGGACACUUGAUGAAGGACCACCGGCCCCACACAUCACAGGAUGGAUCCAGGAGGAGAAAUCCUUCAGAGAGAUGUCCUCUGUAUACCCAGGACUGUCCAGAGGAGAAGCUCCCAGAGAACCAUCAGAUGAAAAAUCGGGGCGAAGAUGUGACUGAUAUUAAAGUGGAGGAUGAAGACGAGCGGAUGAUGAGCGAUCCCCCUUGUAAGAGUGAGGUGGAGGAAGAAAUUCCAGUCUAUGUGACCACAGGAAAUCCCAGUAAGAACAUCGUAUUAUCUCUCCAUUAUAAAGUAAAUGUUGAAGGUAUCGUGCAGCGCUCUUCAGGAGAAAUCCUCACUACCCAUAAUGUACACCCAGGACCUCACAGUACAGAUCUAUUGCAUAAUCCUCCCGAUCACGAGGAACCUUCUGACCAAUCACAGAUUGCUACCACAAGUACCAGGGAGAAUGGGCGUGAAAGGUUUCAAUGUGAUGAAUGUGGGCAACAGUAUUCAUGCAUAUCAGUCCUUGUCAGACACAGAAGACUUCACACUGGAGAGAAUCUGCAUUCAUGUUCUGAAUCUGAGAAAUGUUUUACUACUAAGAGCUAUCUUCAGAUUCAUCAAGGAAUUCACACAGGGGAGAAGCCAUUUAUAUGUUCUGAAUCAAAAAAAUGCUGCACAGAUGAGUCAAGUCUUUGUAAACAUGAGAGAAUUCACACAGCAGAGAGCCCAUAUUCAUGUUCAGAAUGUGGGAAAUGUUUUAGAAGUAAAUCGUAUCUUGUUAGACAUAAGAGAAGUCACACAGGAGAGAAGCCGCAUUCAUGUUCAGAAUGUGGGAAAUUUUUUAUUCUGAAAUCACAGCUUAUAGUACACGAGAGAAGCCACAGUGGAGAGAGGUCAUAUUCAUGUUCUGAAUGUGGAAAAUGUUUUACUGAUAAAUCUAAUCUUAAAAGACAUGAGAUAAGUCACACAGGAGAAAAGCCACAUUCAUGUCCAGAAUGUGGAAAAUGUUUUAGAAGUAAAUCGUAUCUCAUCAUACAUAAGAGAAGUCACACUGGAGAGAAGCCAUAUUCAUGUUCAGAAUGUGGGAAAUGUUUUAUGCAUAAAUCAAGUCUUAUAAUACACGAGAGAAUCCACACAGGAGAGACACAAUAUUCAUGUUCAGAAUGUGGGAAAUGUUUUAUGCGCAAAUCAUAUCUUAUAACACAUCAGAGAAGUCACACAGGAGAGAAGCCAUAUUCAUGUUCAGAAUGUGGGAAAUGUUUUAGAAGUAAAUCAUAUCUUGUUAAACAUGAGAGAAGUCACAUAGGAGAGAAGCCAUAUUCAUGUCCAGAAUGUGGGAAAAGUUUUAUUCUUAAAUCACAGUUUAUAAUACAUGUGAGAAGCCACACUGGAGAAAAGCCGUAUUCAUGUUCAGAAUGUAAAAGAUGUUUUACUGAUAAAUCUAAUCUUGUUAUACAUAAGAGAAGUCACACAGGAGAGAAGCCAUAUCCAUGUUCAGAAUGUGGAAAAUGUUUUACUGAUAAAUCAAAUCUAGUUAUACAUAAGAGGAGAAGUCACACAGGAGAGAAGCCAUAUUCAUGUUCAGAAUGUGGAAAAUGUUUUACACAAAAAUCACAUCUUGUUAAACAUCAGAGUAGUCACACAGGAGAGAAGACGUAUUCAUGUUAAGAACAUGUGAAAUGUUUUAUGCUUAAAUCAAGUCUUAAAAUACAUGACAGAAGUCUCAAAGGAGAGAGGCCGUAUUGAAAUAGCAAUAAUAGAGUUAAACAUAGUUAUAAAGCUUGCCGUAUAGUGACAAGUUUAUCAUGUGCCAGCCAUGAAUUAAUUAUGCAGGAUCAUGUGUCUUAUUUAGAUUGUGUCUAUAUGUAUAUCCUGUUACACAAUGUAUGUGUCCUUUAAGUCAGCAGGUUACUGGGAAUGAACCGGACAUUUCUGCUAACUGAUGAGGGCUGCAUUUACAUGUUGUGCGAUUGCUUGUCCGCAUAAAAAAUUUUUUUUGGACGGCAGAUCGCUCUUUGGACAGCACGGCCUCCUGCACAAGAAGGAUGACAUGAUCACCUGAUAAACAAGCAAAUCAGGUGAUCACUGGCACCUAGUACUCAGGCAGAUUAUCGGGAACCUCAUCCCAGAUAACGUUUUCUAUAUUUGUUGGUGGCCAACCCCUGAGUGUCUUCCAGUAAUCAGAACCGUGUGAUCUUCUCUUUUGAUAUAAAUAAAGGGGCUGAGAAGACCUC